AUGUCGCCACCUAUUAAUGGAAUGCCUGAAAAUUUUAUUCAAUCAUUUCAAUACGAUGGACAAUCUCCACAAAAUCAAAUGCAUCCACAAAUUUUUAUGCCAAUUCCGGCACCACCAACUCCUUCGACACCUAGACAAAACGGUUCACCAAGCACUGUUACAUCAUCAAAUAGCGGGGCAAAUUCACCAACUGUUGAUCAUAUUCCUUUGUACAUCCAUGCAACGCCUGUACAAAAAAACUUGAUUUUAAAAUUUAGGGGAUUGUCUGAGCAACCAAUUAGAGGCUCAAAUUGGUAA